ACACCAAGCAGAUUCCCUUACACACCCUUGCACACAUACACACACACACAUAGGGGUAGACGCCCACUCACGUAGGCUGCUGGAUACUGUUGUCAUAUACACACACACACGCAGCUGCAGAAUGAUGGCAAAGGCAGAGCUGGCUUGUCACAGCGCAGACAACACACAGUAGAAUUCAAAGGGGGAACGAGUGAUUCUUUUAAACCGAUGGACUCAGAGGCAGAAGGGUGCAGCUUUUCUCCAGUCACCAUGGAGGUGUGGAGCUCCUCUGCAUCCGAGGAGGAGGAAGAAGAGAAGAGCACCUUCAGCUUUGGGGAUGAUCCAGCGGAGGAUGAGAAGAAAUGCCUCCAUGGCAAUAACAAUAAUAACAACAACAACAAUAAUAACAACAACAGGGACGGCCUUUGCAGGGAAGUGACACAAGUGCUGUGCGCGGACAGAGUGGGCCAGGUCACCAAGACGUAUCAUGACAUUAAAGCAGUCACCCACCUGCUGGAGGAGAAAGAGCGCGAUCUAGAGUUAGCGGCACGGAUCGGUCAGUCUCUCCUGAAGCAAAACCAAGAGCUGGCGUCGCGCAAUGAAAUGCUGGACGAACAUCUUGAAAUUGCAAAGGAGGAGAUAGCACAACUGCGUCAUGAGCUCUCGAUGCGAGACGACCUCCUUCAGUUCUACGCGAGCACCGAAGAGAUCGAGAACGCGGAGUCGCCCUCACUGAUAAAAAGGAACGAAUCGUGCAGUUCACUCAGCAACUUCGUCCACUAUGACUUCCUGCACCAGAAACUGAAGGGCCUGGAGGAGGAGAACCACAAACUGAGAAUAGAGGCGAAUGAGCUCACAACAGAGACGACCAACUACGAGGAGCAAGAGCAGGAGCUGAUGAUGGUGUGUGUGGAAGAGCUCUCCUCCGUCAACAGGCAGGUGGUCGACCUGUCAGAGGAGCUCGCCCGUAAAGUGGAGGACUGCGUGCGACAGCAGGAGGAGAUCAGCUUGCUGCUCGCUCAGAUAGUGGACCUGCAAGCCCGCUGCAAAGGACUCACCCAUGAAAACGAGGAGCUGAACCAGCAGCUGAAUUCCUCCCGUGAGAGUCAAGCAACGCUUAAAUCAGAGCUGAAGGACCUGCAGGACAAGUACUCGCAGUGUGAGGACAUGCUAUUCGAGGCCCGAGAGGACAUUAAAAACCUGCGGAACAAAAGUCUGCCCAACAGCAUGGUGCAGAGAUACACUGCCCUGGCCUCUGUCCUCCCCAUGGACUCAUUGGCAGCUGAGAUAGAAGGCACUUUCCGUAAAGGCCUGGACUCUCCGACUCCGUCAGAAUACAAGAACCACCCGUGGCGCGUGUUUGAAACGGUGAAGGUGGUAAACAAGGCCGGGAGGCUGCGGUCUCGGUGUCACUCGCCUGGACUCCCAGGCUCCAGUCCGGUGUCUGCUCGCUCCAGUUCUAACAGCACCCCGAGGACCAGCUACUACGGCUCUGAUAAUGCCAGCUUUACCCUGGAGGAGAAGCCCAGCUCCAGUCACACACAGAAGGAGGACAACAGCUCUGUCGGGCCAAAGCGUCUGGGUCAGCCCGGCACACCAGGAGGCCAGGACCUUGAAGCUGCUCUGUGCAGCCUGUCUGUCCGUCAACAGAACCACUCCUCUGAGCGGCCUUUCUUUGAAGUGGAGCGCGAGCGCAAACUCCGUGCCCUGGCAGCAAAUUGUGAGGAGGGCGAGGGCUCCAGUGGCUUCCUGACACCAAACAGCAUGGUCUCCAGCCCGGCAGCAUCAACAGGCACCAACUACUCCAACGGCAGCUCGCGGCAGUCCUGUGGAUCCUCAGGAGGAUCCAGGUCUUACCUGCCAGACCGCCUGCAGAUCGUCAAACCUUUGGAAGGCUCAGUGACUCUACAUCAGUGGCAGCAGCUGGCUAAACCAAACCUGGGAGGAAUCCUUCACCCUCGUCCUGGCGUCCUGACUAAAGACUUCAGGGAGCUCGAGGUGGACAUACAGCACGUCUACAGCCUCAAUGACCUGGAGGAGGAUGAACCGGACCUGCCGCACUUCUCUAGAGCACAUGGCAUGGUCGCUCCACCCGGUCCCAACCUCCCUCAGACUUCUCCCACACAUACCAUUACCACCUGCCAAGUCCUCCAACCCUCCCUUCUCAUCCCCUCCUUCUCUACUAGCCUUCACUCUUUCGGCCUGCCAUCUUGUGGGAACUCUGAAUGCUUGAGCACUUCUUCUCCAGCCGAGCAGCAGCAGCAGCAGCAGGAGCACUUCGGCCUGGGAGGUGCUGCUACAAACAUAACCACUUCAUCAUCACCGGGGCUCGUGCAGCUGCUGCAAGAGCAUGGCAUCUCAGCCGCUCCUUAUCCCCACCAUCACCACCACCAUCAUCAUCACCACCAUGACCAGCGGCAGCACAACAACCGCGGCGCCACAUCUGCAUUCACAGCAAAACGUGGAGGCUCGUCACCAGACAAGGAUGCGGGAAGUCACGUUUUUAGCUUAAACCUCGUGGGGAAGCUUCAGAACCUCGGCUUGCACAGAGUGGCGGCCUGGGGGAUGGCGGGCAGCAAGAAGGGCCAGGAGAAAUGAGGAGAGAGUCGUCGUCUGAAGGUUCUGAUGGGACGGUUUGCACAAUGACUUUGCAUGGAGCCAUGUGACACAGCGCUGGUGUCUUGAAAACUGAAUGUUCUGGAGCCAUACCUUUGAGUUGUCAGUAGUGUAUAGUACUGUUCUUUUCUAUGACGUCCUGUACAGUGGAUAAUAAAUGGUUGCAUGUGUGAGUGAGUGAGUGAGCGAGUGUGUGUGUGUGUGUGUUACAUCUUCAUCUCAGGACAAUCACCUCGAUCACCAGUUUGUCUGAUGAACACAUUUCUUUUUACACGAGGAAGCAACAUCAUGGCUGGGCAACCUUUUAUACUAUUUGUGUAUGUCAUUUUACCUUCACUCGUUUGUGUUUUGUUUUUGUUUUUUUUACUUUCCAAAGUAAGGAAAUCAAGUCUGCUACUAUAUAAUAAUAAUAAUAAUAAUAAUAAUAAUAUUCAGCCAGUUAAACCACAAACCAAGCCAAUGCCGUCACACUGAAGAUCUUUCAGAUGCACUAAAUUAAUUACACUUUGGUCUUCCUGUUUAUUAGCUGCUAUAAUGAGAAAAGCUUGUUGUGUAUGUUAUACGAUUGUCAGAUCUAAAAAAUGAUGAAGCACUGCAAUGCCAUCUGCUCCAACAUGCAGAUGAGAGCGCACUGACUGAGCUAGAAAAUGCUCUUCACGUUGACAUUUUUGCCCCACAGGCCGUCACCUGUUUUCACUGCAAACACUGUCACCUCAGGACUGCUGACACUAUUAUUAUUAUUACUCUGAGUCAAACCUCAGCAAUAAAACAAUCCCCGCGUUUUGGAAGCAAUAUGUGAACCGACUGAAAUACAAUCGUGCUUGUACAAAGCAGGUUUCUGUUGGGAUAUAAAUGAAAUGAAACGUUUGAAGCGUUUUCUUUUACGGUUUCGGUGGCAAAUCCGUAUAAAGAGAGGUCGUUAUUAUUUAAUCAGCAUGUCUCUUCGAUCACUGGCAGGAUAAAAGUGUAGCAUAGUGUGGAUUUUAAAAGGGAAGAAAUCACAAACACGGGUUAAAAUAGUUUGUGUUAAUCAACUGUUUUCUCUGCAUUGCUGUGUGUGCUGUAGUGUCUGCUAGUAUCACAGCUGUACAGUAUAUACCAGUGCGUGUGUAAAUUCAACCACCUGUGAAUAAAAAAAACCUUGCAUUUUCAA